ACUCGAAUCACUGAGCCACACCGGCCAGGGCUCAGAGCAUAUCUUUAAGCAGCACAGGACUGUAGUUGGGUCAGGUUUUUUUAUCUUUUCUGACAAUCUGUCUUUUAAUCAUGGUGUUUAGACUAUUAUAUGUUUGCAUUUAUUUCUACAGAUCAUUUUAUUAUUUGAUUCCUGUUAGAUAACCCACCCCCUUUGGCUUGCAAACAAUAGAAUUUUAUUUUUCACAGUUCCCAAGGCUUAGACGGCUGAGGUCAGACUGUGUCAAGGUGGCAGUGUGGUCGGGUUCUGUUGAGGCCUGUGAUAUUGUGAUUUAUAAUAAAUAUAUCUUUGGUCUUUGUCGUUUAUGAUAGAGAGCUCCUAAAACCUUUGGAAUUUACUUAGUGAUAAGAGCAAUAAAGGUGUCUUAAUAUUGUUAACAAACCACACCUGAGUUGACUGAAGGGACUUUUGGAAAGCCCUCCCUAAGACUGGGGGCUGGUUGCCAGGAGACCUAAUCCUGUGGUGGGAGGUUUUCAACUUUCAGUCCCACCUCCUGAUCUUAGGGAGGGGGAGGGGCUGGAGGUUGACUCCCUUGCCAAUGGCCAGUGAUCUAAUCAGUCAUAGCUAAGUAAGGAAGCCUCCAUGAAACCCAGAUGGACAGGCUCAUUUGGAGAGUUUCUGGGUUGAUGGGCACAUGGGUGUUUGGGAAGCCUGUGGCACUCAUGCCCACUCAUUAUCCAUCCCCCAGAUGCUCUGUGCCUCUCUUCCAUCUGGCUGUUCCUGUAUAAUAAACCGGUCAUCUGUUAUGAAAUAUUAAGCCAGGAUGGCGGCCCAGGUGACCCUGGAGGACGCGCUGUCCAACGUGGACCUCCUGGAAGAGCUGCCUCUGCCCGACCAGCAGCCCUGCAUCGAGCCCCCGCCGUCCUCGCUGCUCUACCAGCCGAAUUUCAACACUAACUUUGAAGACAGAAAUGCAUUUGUCACCGGCAUUGCAAGAUACAUUGAACAAGCGACCGUCCACUCCAGCAUGAAUGAGAUGCUGGAGGAGGGCCAAACGUACGCGGUCAUGCUGUACACCUGGAGGAGCUGCUCUCGCGCCAUCCCGCAGGUGAAAUGUAACGAGCAACCUAAUAGGGUGGAAAUUUAUGAGAAGACCGUGGAGGUCCUGGAGCCCGAGGUCACAAAACUGAUGAAUUUUAUGUACUUCCAGCGGAACGCCAUCGAGCGUUUCUGUGGGGAGGUGAGGCGCCUGUGCCACGCGGAGAGGAGGAAGGACUUUGUGUCUGAGGCCUACCUGAUCACGCUGGGCAAGUUCAUCAACAUGUUCGCCGUGCUGGACGAGCUGAAGAACAUGAAGUGCAGCGUGAAGAACGACCAUUCAGCCUACAAGAGGGCUGCUCAGUUUUUACGGAAAAUGGCAGACCCGCAGUCCAUCCAGGAGUCGCAGAACCUGUCCAUGUUCCUGGCCAACCACAACAAGAUCACACAGUCUCUGCAGCAGCAGCUUGAAGUGAUCUCCGGCUAUGAGGAGCUCCUCGCGGACAUCGUGAACCUCUGCGUGGAUUACUACGAGAACAGGAUGUACUUGACGCCCAGCGAGAAGCACAUGCUGCUCAAGGUCAUGGGAUUUGGUCUGUACCUGAUGGAUGGGAGUGUCAGCAACAUCUAUAAACUAGACGCCAAGAAGAGAAUUAACUUGUCCAAAAUCGACAAGUUCUUCAAGCAGCUCCAGGUGGUGCCGCUGUUCGGGGACAUGCAGAUAGAACUGGCGAGAUACAUCAAGACCAGCGCCCACUAUGAGGAAAAUAAAUCUCGGUGGACCUGCACGUCUUCCAGCAGCAGCCCCCAGUACAACAUCUGCGAGCAGAUGAUCCAGAUCCGCGAGGACCACAUGCGCUUCAUCUCGGAGCUGGCGCGCUACAGCAACAGCGAGGUUGUCACAGGCUCGGGCCGCCAGGAGGCUCAGAAGACAGACGCCGAGUACCGGAAGCUCUUCGACCUGGCGCUGCAGGGCCUGCAGCUGCUGUCGCAGUGGAGUGCGCACGUGAUGGAAGUGUACUCGUGGAAACUCGUGCACCCCACGGACAAGUACUCCAACAAGGACUGUCCCGACAACGCGGAGGAGUACGAGCGGGCCACCCGCUACAACUACACCAGCGAGGAGAAGUUCGCCCUGGUGGAGGUGAUCGCCAUGAUCAAAGGCCUGCAGGUGCUCAUGGGCCGGAUGGAGAGCGUGUUCAACCACGCCAUCCGGCACACCGUCUACGCCGCCCUGCAGGACUUCUCCCAGGUCACGCUGCGGGAGCCGCUGCGGCAGGCCAUCCGGAAGAAGAAGAACGUCAUCCAGAGCGUCCUACAGGCCAUCAGGAAGACCGUGUGUGAUUGGGAGACGGGGCAUGAACCCUUCAACGACCCGGCCCUGCGGGGCGAGAAGGACCCCAAAAGCGGCUUCGACAUUAAAGUGCCUCGCCGUGCCGUGGGGCCCUCCAGCACGCAGCUUUACAUGGUGAGAACCAUGCUAGAGUCCCUCAUUGCAGACAAAAGUGGUUCCAAGAAAACCUUGAGAAGUAGCCUUGAGGGGCCCACCAUAUUGGACAUAGAAAAAUUUCAUCGCGAGUCGUUCUUCUACACUCACUUGAUAAAUUUCAGUGAGACCCUGCAGCAGUGCUGCGACCUCUCACAGCUGUGGUUCCGCGAGUUCUUCCUGGAGCUCACCAUGGGCCGGCGGAUCCAGUUCCCCAUCGAGAUGUCCAUGCCCUGGAUCCUCACCGACCACAUCCUGGAGACCAAGGAGGCGUCCAUGAUGGAGUAUGUCCUCUACUCCCUGGACCUGUACAACGACAGCGCCCACUACGCCCUCACCAGGUUCAGCAAGCAGUUCCUCUACGACGAGAUCGAGGCGGAGGUGAAUCUGUGCUUUGACCAAUUUGUUUACAAGUUGGCAGACCAGAUCUUUGCAUAUUAUAAGGUUAUGGCCGGAAGUUUGCUUCUUGAUAAACGAUUACGAUCUGAAUGCAAGAAUCAGGGGGCAACGAUCCACCUCCCUCCAUCUAACCGCUACGAGACGCUGCUGAAACAGAGGCACGUGCAGCUCCUGGGCAGGUCCAUAGACCUCAAUCGCCUGAUCACUCAGCGUGUCUCAGUGGCCAUGUAUAAGUCCCUGGAACUGGCAAUCGGACGAUUUGAAAGUGAAGACCUGACAUCAAUAGUUGAGCUGGACGGCCUCUUGCAGAUCAACCGCAUGACCCACCAGCUGCUGAGCAGGUACCUGUCGCUGGACAGCUUUGACGCCAUGUUCCGGGAGGCCAACCACAACGUGUCCGCGCCCUAUGGCAGGAUCACCCUCCACGUCUUCUGGGAGCUCAACUACGACUUCCUGCCCAACUACUGCUACAACGGCUCCACCAGCCGAUUUGUUCGGACAGUGUUACCAUUUUCUCAAGAAUUUCAAAGAGACAAACAGCCAAAUGCACAACCCCAGUAUUUACAUGGGUCCAAGGCUCUGAACCUGGCCUACUCGAGCAUUUACGGCAGCUACCGGAACUUCGUGGGGCCGCCGCACUUCCAGGUCAUCUGCCGGCUGCUCGGCUACCAGGGCAUCGCCGUGGUCAUGGAGGAGCUGCUGAAGGUUGUCAAGAGCCUGCUUCAGGGCACGAUCCUGCAGUACGUGAAGACACUGAUGGAGGUGAUGCCCAAGAUCUGCCGCCUGCCCCGGCACGAGUACGGCUCCCCGGGCAUCCUGGAGUUCUUCCACCACCAGCUGAAGGACAUCGUGGAGUACGCGGAGCUGAAGACCGUGUGCUUCCAGAACCUGCGGGAGGUGGGCAAUGCCAUCCUCUUCUGCCUGCUCAUCGAGCAGAGCCUGUCCUUAGAGGAAGUGUGCGACCUGCUGCACGCAGCCCCCUUUCAGAACAUCCUGCCGCGGGUCCACGUGAAAGAGGGAGAGAGACUCGAUGCCAAAAUGAAACGACUGGAGUCGAAGUACGCCCCCCUGCACCUGGUCCCUCUCAUCGAAAGACUGGGGACCCCUCAGCAAAUCGCCAUAGCGAGAGAGGGGGACUUGCUGACCAAGGAGCGCCUCUGCUGCGGCCUGUCCAUGUUCGAGGUCAUCCUGACGCGAAUCCGGACCUUCCUGGAUGACCCCAUCUGGCGCGGGCCCCUGCCCAGCAACGGAGUCAUGCACGUGGACGAGUGUGUCGAGUUCCACAGGCUGUGGAGCGCCAUGCAGUUUGUCUACUGCAUCCCCGUGGGGACACACGAGUUCACGGUCGAGCAGUGUUUCGGCGACGGGCUGCACUGGGCCGGCUGCAUGAUCAUCGCCCUCCUGGGGCAGCAGCGGCGCUUCGCCGUCCUGGAUUUCUGCUACCACCUGCUCAAAGUCCAGAAACACGACGGCAAAGACGAGAUUAUCAAAAACGUGCCUUUGAAGAAGAUGGUGGAGAGAAUUCGCAAGUUCCAGAUCCUAAAUGACGAGAUCAUCACCAUCCUGGACAAGUACCUGAAGUCGGGCGACGGGGAGAGCACGCCCGUGGAGCACGUCCGCUGCUUCCAGCCCCCCAUCCACCAGUCCCUGGCCAGCAGCUGAGGAAAGCAGGCCGCCGGUGUUUGGAGUCCUGGUCCCCACUGCGUUCAGUAACUAUAGGGCACGUUUGCGUCUCAUAAACUAGGGAUUUUUAGGGGCUAGUCAGUGUCUAUGUACCUGCUAAAGGGGUGCUUUUCAGUCCGCAGGCCUAAUUUUAUAAAAUUGACUUAUUUUUCUAGACAAAUUGUAUAUGCUUUUGGUAAUGAGGAAUUCUGAGCCUACCGGCUGCUGUGUCGCCAUCCUGUUCCAGUAUUUCCCGUCUUUCUAUGAAUGUCACGAGCACCGCUGAGCUCAGCGAAGCAUCGGUGAUGUUCAGGGAAAGACUCAGGAACUUAAGCAAGAAACUUAAUGCCAGCUCCUGGUAAUAAAAUCCGUUACCGAUUAGAAUCGAAGUUUGUGAUUACGUAGCUUUUGCAUAGGGACUUUUCUACUGGUCUUUUAUGACGUCUCAGUCAUUGUUCCCUUCCCUUUUUACGUCAAGUCUGUCAGAAAAUAGUGACCUUGACUCCUGUUUCUACUAAUCCAGCUGUAACAAAACCUAAUUUGUGAGGGUUGAUUUAAAGGGCAUAGAAAUAAAACUAACGAAACCCGUU